GCGGCUGCUGGACGCUGAAGACCUGCUGCUCGCUUCCCUACAUCCCGCAGCCUCGUCCCGCGUGCUCCACUCCGCUCCCCUCCGCCGAUCCGCAGGCCCUCCGCCCACCGGGCGCCAUGCAUCCCGCGCGCCCCGCGCUCUGGGCCGCUGCGCUCACCGCACUCACUCUGCUCCGCGGGCCGCCGGUGGCGCGGGCCGGCGCGGGCGCGGUGGGCGCGGGCCCCGUGGUGCGCUGCGAACCGUGCGACGCGCGUGCGCUGGCCCAGUGCGCGCCUCCGCCCACCGCGCCCGCGUGCACGGAGCUGGUGCGAGAACCCGGCUGCGGCUGCUGCUUGACUUGCGCGCUGCGCGAAGGGGACGCGUGCGGCGUCUACACCGAGCGCUGCGGCACCGGCCUCCGCUGCCAGCCGCGGCCCGCGGAGCAGUACCCGCUGAAGGCUCUGCUCAACGGCCGCGGGUUCUGCGCCAACGCCAGCGCCGCCGGCAGCCUGAGCGCCUACCUGCCCUCCCAACCCGCUCCAGGAAAUGCCAGCGAGUCUGAGGAGGACCACGGUGCUGGGAGUGUGGAAAGCCAGGCUGUCCCCAGCACACACCGAGUGACCGAUUCCAAGUUCCAUCCCCUCCAUGCAAAGAUAGAUGUCAUCAAAAAAGGCCAUGCCAGGGACAGCCAACGUUACAAAGUUGACUAUGAGUCACAGAGCACAGACACCCAGAACUUCUCCUCUGAGUCUAAGCGGGAGACAGAAUACGGUCCCUGCCGCAGAGAAAUGGAAGACACACUGAAUCAUCUGAAGUUCCUCAAUGUGUUGAGUCCCAGAGGUGUCCACAUCCCAAACUGUGACAAGAAGGGGUUCUAUAAGAAGAAGCAGUGCCGCCCAUCCAAAGGCAGAAAGCGGGGCUUCUGCUGGUGUGUGGACAAGUAUGGACAGCCCUUGCCUGGCUAUGACACCAAGGGGAAAGAUGACGUGCACUGCCUCAGUGUGCAGAGCCAGUAGAUGCCGCUGAGCCAUUUGACGUGGAGAACAAAUACGCCUUAUUUUGCACAAAAGACUGCCAACAACAUGAUCAGCAGCUGGCUACAGCCUUGAUUUCUUUUUUUUUUUUUUUUUUUUUUUGUGGUGAACUGAUUAAAAAAAAAAAACCAAAGUUUAGACAGA